AUGCCAAAUUGACCCAACACCGCUUACAUACUGGACCUUCGGAAAUGAAUGUCGAUGUAGUGGUGGUGGGAGGGGGUAUAUCGGGGCUGACUGCAGCUUACCAGCUUCAUAAAAAAGAUUCAUCGCUGCAGAUUGUAGUGCUAGAGGCCAAAGACAGGGUAGGAGGGCGCACACUAACCUUGCCAUUGAAGACAGCGAACGGGACGGAUAAUUUUGACCUUGGAGGUCAAUGGGUCGGAAGAUGUCAGCCACACAUUAUGGCCAUGUUAGAGGAGUUAGGACUAUCCACCUGUGUCCAAUACCUGGAGGGAAAGAAGUUCAUGCAGCUGGGUAGUGACCAGAUUGGGAGCUAUAGCUCAGAUAUCCCCUCACUCUCACCCCUAGCACUCAUAGACCUGCAGAGAUUAAUAUACAAGCUGGAGUGGAUGAGGAAGCAGGUGGACAUCAGGGACCCCUACCAGAGUGACUAUGGGGCAGAGUGGGACGCCAUCACUAUGGACUCUUUCUUGAAGAACCAGCUGUGGACAACAGCUGCAAAAGAAACCAUUGAGGCAGCCUGCCGCUGUAUGUUUGGGGUGGAGGUGUCACAGAUAUCUGUGCUGUACUUCGUCAGCUACAUGAGUGCCGCAGACAGCCUGAAAAGUCUCAUAGAAGCCACCGAACACACCGCACAGGAGUAUAAGAUUGUGGGUGGAGCCCAACAAGUCAGUCAGAAGCUGGCAGCUUGUUUGCCCCAGUCUUGUGUUCUCCUGGAUCACCCAGUCCUAAAAAUCACACAGAGAGACAAUGGUGUGACUGUAAUGACCGAGAAUGGAGACAUCUUCAGCUGUAACAGGCUUGUGCUUGCCACUCCCCCAAACAUGACAAAUAAGAUACAGUUUGAUCCAGUGCUUCCCUCCAGCAGAAGAGAACUGAUGAAGAGAAUGCCAGCUGGAAACCUGACCAAAGUCAUCAUCACAUAUAAAGAAGCUUUUUGGAGAAAAGCUGGGAUAUCUGGAGAAUUUGUCACCAAUGGAGGCCCCAGUCUGAGUUCUGAGUGUGACCGAGGACCACUUUGUAUAGUCUACGAUGGCACUUCAGCCCAAGGAAAUGCUGCCAUUGUGGCAUUUUUGGGAGGUGCACCAGCCAUUCAGUGGAGAAAUCAAAAGGAUGAAAACAGAAAAUCUGCAGUGUUGAAGUCCUUAUCUGAUUUUCUUGGACCAGAGGCUCUGAACUACCUGGACUAUGCUGAAAAAGACUGGGGCCUGGAGCCCUACAGUGAGGGCAGCCCUGUGUGUUCAGUGGGGCCAGGGGCAAUGGCAUACUUUUCCAGGGGUCUUAGACUACCAUUCCAAAGGAUUCAUUUUGCUGGGACAGAGUCCGCCACAGCUUGGUGCGGAUACAUGAGUGGAGCCGUCCAAUCAGGAAUGAGGGCCGCCAACGAGGUUCUCUUCCAUCUGCGACCUCAGGCUUUGACUGCACAAGAACUUGCCAUGACAGCUUAUGGACCAUCUACUCAACUGCUGCGAACGAAACGAAAACAGAGGUCAAGGACAUUAAUCAAGGUCACUCUUGGCAUUGGAUUUGUGGUUGCUGUGGUGAUAGUAGGGAAACGAAUUACUAACCUUGUUAAUGAAAAGUAAAUAUUCUAAUCAUUAUUUUUACUUUUUAGAGUUCUGGGCUUUAUUUCAUUUUUACAUUUUUUUUCAAGUGCCAUUUGUUUAUUUUAAAGAGUCCCUAUUUCUUUUCACCCCUCAGGUUUACAGAUUCAGUUUCAAAAGUCAUGAUCAUGUAAAAUGGUGACUGUAUCUUUGUGUUUGAAUGAUGUAUCUGAAAUUGAUCUUGAGGUCUUGUGAAUGUGAUUGACCAGUCGAUCAGGUAAUGUGUGAUUUACCAUACCUUCCAUGAUUUAAAUUCAUGUAAUAAAAUGAUGUAGUUGUACAGAAUACCUGAUUUAAAAAAAUAGUGCCAAAUCUUUUAUUCUGUUGUGAAAUAAACAUGUCAAUGUAUGUAAUACCAUUCCAAUUUUUCAAACCAAAAACUUCAUCCAUUUAAACCAUCAUAAGUUUUUUUAAUAUGACAAUUAUGGUUUUUUUUUUUUUUAAUAUGACAACCAUGCACUUUUCUGUGUGCAAAACAAAGAUGUACAAUGAUAAUAACUAUAAAUUAUUUACAACUAAAUUUUCUCUUUUGAAAUUUUGCACAUAUUUAAUGGAAAUGCAUACACGUACAGAUUAUGGAAAUUAAAAAUGUUUUAGAUCAUAUAUUGUAUACAAAAAUCUGUUGUAUGUUCUGUUUUCUUGUGCUGUCUACCAUCUUGAAGUCAAUCAUUUUCUCUUGCUGCGAGUCGAACAGAUGAAAUAUAUUAAAUGCUGAACCAUAUAUAGUAAUUGAUACAAUAAUGUAAUUUGUGUUGAUUUAACUAUGAUUGUUUGUUUUUUAAAUGGAGAAUUAAAUAUGUUAAUAUAUCGGUAUUUGUAUGCUAUGUUCAUACUGUAAAUGCAAGUUGGUGAAUAAAUUAAAUGAAUUAAAACAU